AUGUUUGAUGAUACCUUGUUUGAAGCUGAGGACGUUCCAGACUUGGAUAUUGAUGAUGAUGAACCUUGCGUUGGGAAAUUGUAUGCAUCAAAGGAAGACUGUCAAAUUGGGCUCGCCAUCUACGCAAUCAAUGAGCAGUUUUAUUUCAGGCAGACUAGAACUAGCAGGCAUUCCUUCGUCCUCAGUUGCCAUGACACUCGUUGUGAGUGGAGAAUCCGUGCUAAAGAGCUCACCACAUGCGGCUACUACACUAUUCAGAAGUGUUAUCUGGACCAUACUUGCGAGACUGAGACUCGCAGGCUUUACAAGAAACGUGCUACCUCAAAGGUUUUAGCACAUAUCUAUCGCUCCAAAUACGGCGAUACAGCUGAUGCACCAAAAGCUCUCCAGCUCCAGCAACUUGUUCUUGAAGAUUUGCGUGUCUCUGCUUCCUACAUGAAAUGCCAUCGGGCAAAAGGUCUUGCACUUGACAUUACACAUGGGAAUGCAGAGGACUCCUACCUCAACAUAGCAGGUUAUUUUGACAGGCUGAAAGCAACUAAUCCUGGGACAGUCACUGCUAUCGAAAUUGAGCUUGAUGAUGCUGGUUUACUCCUCAUUGCAAGUGGACAUAAUGGAAACUUCCAAGUCUUCCCUGUUGCCUUUGUUGUUGUUGAUGGUGAAACUGAAGAGGCCUGGACAUGGUUUCUAACCAAGCUUGAGAGGAUUAUAGCUGACUCAAACACACUCACCAUCAUCUCUGAUCGUCAUGUCUCCAUCAUUAAAGCAAUAAGUCUGACAUUCCCAAAAGCACACCAUUAUCCUGCAUUGUGCAUCUCAUGA